UAUUUCUCUAUAGGUGUUGCAGCAUUUUGUGCUUUUUAUUUGAUAUUUGGUUAUGGCGCUCAACUUCUAUGUAACAUUAUUGGUGUUGUAUAUCCUGCCUAUAUAUCAAUUCAUGCUAUUGAAUCCUCACCAAAAUUGGAUGAUACAAAGUGGCUAACAUAUUGGGUGUGCUAUGGACUUUUAUCGAUUAUUGAAUAUUUUUCAGUUGUAUUGACCCACAUCAUACCAUUCUAUUGGCUGCUUAAGUGCGUUUUCCUAAUCUGGUGCAUGCUUCCAAUCGAGAAAAAUGGUUCAUUUCUUAUUUAUACACACGUUGUUCGUCCAUUCUUCUUAAAACAUCACAAGGCUGCUGAUAAGGCAAUUGAUGACUUUCUUAAUAAAGCCAGGAAUUCCGCAGAAGCUGUAUUAAAGAAAGAAUAAACGUUACAAACACGUCUUCAGUUUCCUAUUUAAUUCGGUGUUUUAUACAAAAAUUUAAGAAGCUUCUUCAACCAUAAUACUUUUGAAAUCUCUCUACACUUUUAUUUUAUCACACCGCAUAAUUGAUUUUAGACACAUUGUUAUAUAAGGAUUUGGGAUCAUAUAUAUUUUUUUAUAUAAAUAACAAAAAUUUUAUGUACUGAAAUAUAUGAAAGUUUGUUUAAUAUGAUCGUUAAAUAAGUGAAUUGUGUUAAUUUUAGUAAUCAAUAAAACAAGAUAUGAAUAAUAA